GCUUCUGUAAAAUUUCAAUUUUGGUUCGUUUUUUUUUGAGAGCGCGUCACACUUAUACUGUAUUUUGUAUUGCCCUGUAUAUUUAACACGAGUAGUCUGAAUGAUCGGUAGCUCAAAUGCACAAUAAAUAAUCAACAUAACCUCAAAUAAUUUGAAAAAUUAAAAUGAGCAAAUUUAAUCACAGAUAUAAAAAUUAUAAUGCAAAUAACACUAAUAAAGAAAAGCCAAGUAAAAUCGGAGAUACUGCCCAAUACGGAUUUUCAGGGUUUAAACUCUAUUUCCCUGAAGAAGGUUCUUUGGAUAUUGAGAACCUCACAAAUCACGUAACAAUAUUUCAAAAUUAUAUUGAACAAAACUGUGGUAUAUUUAACUUUGAAAUCAUUGAACAAAAUAAAUAUUUCUAUGUUGACCACAAACUUUUAAUUAACGAUGAUAAUCUAAAUACAGCUUGGGAAACAUAUAAAACUGAGUUAGUUGAAAAUACUGAAUACUGUUUAAAUGUUAUGGGACUUGCUGUGCACCAGAGCAUAAUAAAUAAAUAUUAUGAAAAUUUAAAUGAUGAGGAAAAAAGUGAAUCCACAAAAGAACUGCCAAUUAUUAGGCCUAGAAUUAUUAAUUUUGAGCCAAGCUUGCAACUUAAAGAUCUGAGGGUGAAUUAUUAUGGCAAAUUGGUGUCAGUUCGAGGCACAGUUAUAAAAUCAGGAAAUGUAAAAAUAAUUUGCAACUACAUGACGUUUAUGUGUAGUAUGUGCAAUAAUCUACAAGUUGUGCAUCAACCAGAUGGUAAUUAUACUUUACCAAGUAGAUGUUUGACCACGAAUUGUCGGGCACAAUCAAAUUUUACCCCACAACACUCUUCAGAGUUUACAAAGACAAUAAGCUGGAAAAGUAUUAAAAUACAGGAACUUGUUGGAACUGAACAGGCAGAAGAUGGUAGGAUUCCAAGGACUUUAGAAUGUGUUUUAACUAAUGACUUGGUAAAAGCUUGCAUACCAGGUGAUGAUAUAACAAUAACAGGAAUAAUAAAGGUGCAAAAUACAGACCAAAGUGCAAAGGCUAAACAAAAUUCAGUAUUUUCCCUUUACCUGCAUACUAUAUCUGUAAUAAACAAUAAAAAUCAAAGUCAAGGGAGUUAUGGAGCAUCUGAGAGGAUAACUUUUAAUAUAAAGGAUUAUUAUGAUAUUCAGCAAAUUCACUCAGAACCGAAGCUCUUCCGUUUCCUCGUCCAAUCCCUAUGCCCGAACAUCUACGGCCACGAAAUAGUGAAAGCCGGCCUGCUGCUGGCAUUGUUCGGCGGAGCGAAAAGCGAAGUGACGCGAGCGGAAUCGCACAUCUUGAUGGUGGGCGACCCGGGCCUGGGAAAAAGCCAGAUGCUGCACGCGUGUACGAACGUCGCGCCGCGGGGCGUCUACGUGUGCGGCAACACGAGCACAAGUUCCGGCUUGACCGUGACUAUGGGCAGGGAGGCCGGAGGAGAGUACUGCUUGGAGGCCGGGGCCUUGAUGUUGGCCGAUCAAGGGUGCUGUUGCAUCGACGAGUUCGAUAAGAUGCCCUCCCAACAUGCAUGUUUGCUUGAAGCAAUGGAACAACAAAGCAUCAGUAUUGCCAAAGCUGGUAUAGUUUGCACUUUGCCAACUAGAACAACCAUUUUGGCAGCUGCAAAUCCAGCCAAAGGGCAUUAUGACAAAUCAAAAACCAUCGCGGAAAAUUUAAAAAUCAGUUCGCCUAUGCUUUCAAGAUUCGAUUUGAUUUUUAUAUUGUUGGAUCAACCAAAUGAGGAAUUGGACAACUUACUAUCAAAGCAUGUAUUAGCUUUACAUGCUGGUAUUAAAAUAGACCAAACCUUUUAUGAUGCCAAUGCUAGUGCAACUGAAGGACACACUCUAAGGGAUAAAUUAAAAAUGCAGCCUGGGGAGACACUCGAUCUACUACCACAUAGUCUUUUCCGAAAAUACAUUGCAUAUGCACAAAAAUAUGUAAACCCCCAACUAACUGAUAAAGCCAAAGAAGUUUUAAAACAAUUUUACUUAUCUCUGAGAAAACAGUUUCAAGCUGGCGAUUGCACACCAGUGACCACAAGACAACUUAAUUCUUUGGUCAGACUAUCCCAGGCCAGAGCAAAAGCAGAACUCAGAGAAGAGGUUACAGAAAAAGAUGCCCUAGAAGUGGUAGAAAUAAUGAGACACAGUUUGGUGGACAUUUUUACAGACGAGUUUGGUGUUAUGGAUCUAAAUAGGUCGCAAAAUGGAACUGGGAUGAGUUCCAAAAAACAAGUGUCGGCGUUAUUAAGAAUUCUACAAAAGAAAUCAGAAACUGAGCAAACGUCGAUUUUUACUGUAAACGAAAUAAAAGCUAUAAGUGAGAGGGUUGGCAUUUCAAAGGAUAAGUUUUACAAGAUUUUGAAUAGCUUGAAUAUUCAAGGGUUUUUGUUGAAUAAAGGUCGUAACACUUACCAGUUAAUAAGUGCUGAUGUUUAGUUACUGGGCAGAUAUUUCCUUUACUAUUUGUUCCAAUAAUUUGUUUCUGUUAUUUUCAUCCACCUAAAGUUUGGAUAAUAUUAUUAAUUAUAAUGCAUUGUUAAUGAGGUUUACAUACAGUUAUUAAUUUAAUAUUUUGGUUUUCUUUUAACUCCUUGACCAAGUAUGGGCCUCCUUUUAAGGGUACUGUAGCAAUUACUUUUAUUUUAUCAUUUUUCAUUAUAGACCUAACAGCUGUUUCAAAUUUUUUACUGAACAGCUCCAUUUUACCUAUUUCAUCUAUAAUUAAUAUAGCAUU